UGGGCUGGCCCAGCUGAAGAUUUGCUAUAACCUCCCACCUGCCCCUUGUGAUCUUCGUCCUGCAUUUCACCCUUCACGAAAUCAUGACGCGUCUGAUCCUUCUAAGCACGAUCUUUUCCCUAGCAUCGUUCGUGGUCGCAGAGUAUCCCAGCUGUGCUUUGUCUUGCUUAGACGAUGCUACAGAAAUCAGUGCAACGGGCUGUUCCGCCACCGAUGGAUAUUGCCUUUGCACCAAUACACCUUAUCUUGAAGAAACGACAUGCUGCAUUCGCUCCAGCUGCGAUUCUGCAGAUCAGACGACUGCCUUCGACCAGGCGGUUUAUAACUGCGCCACAUGGGGUGUCACCCUAAAUACACACCUGUCGGUCACCUGUAGCUCCGCAACUACUACAACCGCAAGCGCCGCAUCCGUCGCUACUAGUUCUGCCGUGUCGUACUACUCAUCUAAACCCAAUUCGUACAAAUACCCAAAAAACAAAAAGGGUCUCUCGUCCGGUGCCAAGGGGGGGAUAGGGGGCGGGAUAGCCCUCAUCGUGCUCAUCUUUACUGCCCUGUCCGGCUUCCUUAUUAAGCGUCGCAACUCCAAGAAGGCUGCAAUCACUGCAGCGGCAGCACCACCAACAGCAACAGUCCCAGGAGCACCGGCUGAGUAUCCAGGAAAAGAGGCCGCCACAGUCACAGUCAACCCCGUCCCAUCACCGGCACCGCAAUACUCAACCCAGGGCGGCCCAUACGCUCCACCUAUGCAACCCCAAGGACAGUAUCCGCAGCCCAUCUACGCGCCACAGCCUCAAUACCCAGCACCGCCUCAGCAGCAGCAAUACGCCCAAUACGGACAGCCACCGCCGCAACAGUAUCCACAACCGGUAUAUUCUCCUGGACCAGAGUUGCAAGGCUCUCCGAUAGGACAGCAGCCACAGCAGAACUUCUCGGGUGCGGAGCUCUCUGGAACGUUACCGCAACCUAAGCACGAAGCACCGUGAGCCCAAAAUUUUGAUGAGACUCGCUCUAGGCCGCAUGUUGUAGGGUGUUAUGGAGUUAGGAGUAUCGUUGUGGAUAGGUAACUAGGCUAAUGGAGAUAUGUUUACGAAUCUUUUGCGUCACAUCUACAGAUGGCCUUGGUAAUUGGAAGCGGGAGG